AAUGGAGAGUGAAAGUGAAAGUCAGAAAGUAAUACAAUAGCAUAUUCUGCCCGCGUGCGUCUCUGUUGCUUCAUCGAUCUCAUUCGAAGGCGGAUUCAUCCCGUCGAAGGAUUCGAGCUCCGUCUCCGCUUCUUCUUUCGUCGAUUGUUUCUCAGAUUAUCGUCGUCGAUCGAAAAUGCAUUCGACUCACUUGCUUCUCGAAGAACCCAUUAGGAUGGCUUCCAUCCUCGAGCCAUCCAAACCUACUUUCUUCCCUGCAAUGACAAAGAUAGUUGGGACACUGGGUCCGAAGUCGCGAUCUGUGGAGAUUAUUUCUGGUUGCCUUAAGGCGGGGAUGUCUGUGGCACGUUUUGACUUUUCAUGGGGAGACACCGAAUAUCACCAAGAGACUCUAGAAAAUCUGAAGAUGGCUGUCAAAAGCACAAAGAAGCUCUGCGCUGUUAUGCUAGACACCGUCGGCCCAGAGUUGCAGGUUGUCAAUAAAAGCGAGAAACCUAUUUUGCUUCAAGAGAGUGCCCAUGUUGUUCUGACACCGGAUCAAGAUGAGGAAGCUUCAUCGGAGUUGUUGCCAAUUAAUUUUACUGGACUAGCAAAGGCUGUGAAUAAAGGUGACACCAUUUUUAUUGGUCAAUACCUGUUCACAGGAAGUGAAACAACUUCUGUUUGGCUUGAGGUAGCUGAAGUUAAGGGAGAAGAUGUGGUUUGCAUGAUUAAGAACUCCGCUACUCUGGCUGGGUCAUUGUUCACAUUGCAUGUUUCUCAAAUUCGUAUCGAGCUGCCUACCCUGACUGAUAAAGACAAAGAAGUUAUAAGCACAUGGGGUGUUCGAAACAAUAUUGAUUUCAUUUCUUUGUCAUAUACCCGUCAUGCUGAGGAUGUUCGCCAUGCCCGUGAUUUUCUUUCUAAGUUGGGUGACCUCCAACAGACUCAGAUUUUUGCAAAAAUUGAAAAUGUAGAGGGCUUAAAGCAUUUUGAUGAGAUCCUUCAAGAAGCGGAUGGCAUUAUUCUUUCUCGUGGGAAUCUGGGCAUAGAUCUUCCACCUGAGAAGGUGUUCUUAUUUCAAAAGUCUGCUGUCUACAAAUGCAACAUGGCUGGGAAGCCUGCAGUGGUUACCCGUGUUGUAGAUAGUAUGACUGAUAACCUGAGACCAACUCGUGCAGAGGCAACUGAUGUUGCAAAUGCUGUCUUGGAUGGAAGUGAUGCGAUCCUUCUAGGUGCAGAAACCCUGCGAGGACUGUAUCCUGUUGAGACCAUAUCUAUUGUUGGUAAAAUUUGUGCUGAGGCAGAGAAGGUUUUCAACCAAGAUCUAUAUUUCAAGAAGACUGUCAAAUAUGUUGGAGAACCAAUGACUCACUUGGAAUCAAUUGCUUCCUCUGCGGUACGUGCGGCAAUUAAGGUGAAGGCUUCUGCUAUUAUUGUCUUCACUUCAUCUGGAAGGGCUGCUAGAUUGAUUGCAAAGUAUAGGCCAACAAUGCCAGUUAUAUCAGUUGUCAUCCCUCGUCUCAAAACAAAUCAACUAAAGUGGAGUUUUACUGGUGCCUUUGAGGCAAGGCAAUCACUCGUAGUUAGAGGCCUUUUCCCCAUGCUCGCAGAUCCUCGACAUCCGGCUGAGUCGACAAAUGCAACAAAUGAGUCGGUUUUGAAGGUUGCACUAGAUCACGGUAAGGUUUCUGGUGUGAUCAAGUCGCAUGAUCGUGUUGUUGUGUGCCAGAAAGUUGGGGAUUCUUCAGUUGUGAAGAUUAUUGAACUGGAAGACUAGAUGCUGAUUUGUUUGAUCACCACCUUUUUGAAUUUUAUUUAUAUUUACUUUCGCUGCUUUCUUCCCAGUUUUAAAUGAAAUGGUGGUGGGUCACUGAGCCUUGAUCUGAGGCACCAAACCCAUGUUCUAGAUUAUAAGCCAAUGGGCAACACUUGUAUUAAGAGUGUAUACUGAGGCAAUCAUUUAAUGCAAAAUUUGAAGCUUGUGGUGGCAAUGCAAUGUGGCA